GCCUCGCGCGCGCUCAUUUAUCAAUUUCGUCGCCGCGAGCCAACAACGACGUCGUUUCUUGUGUUAUAAGUUUUUGCUAAGUUUAAAGAUUGUUGAAAGAUUUACGCUUAAAUUUCUUCUGUUGGUUAAAAUUUUUUUUGUUACUAAGUGCUAAACGCUGCAGAAAUGGCCGAUGAAGAUCAGCGCCUUCGCGAUAUCCAGCGGGAAUAUCUGGACUUUUUGGAUGAUGAGGAGGACCAAGGAACGUAUACAGCACAUGUCCGCAAAAUGAUUACGGACAAUGCCAAAAGGUUGGUGGUAAACGUAAACGAUUUGCGUCGAAAAAAUCCGACGCGAGCUCAGGCUCUGCUGAACAGUGCCUUCGAUGAGCAGCUAGCUUUCUCGAGGGCUUUGAAAGAGUAUGUUUCGACGGUGGAUCCGAGCUUUGCCAAAGAGCAUGAUGAUUUUUUCGUGGCUUUUGAGGGAAGUUUCGGUAACAAACACGUAACUCCGAGGUCGUUGACUUCGCGUUAUUUGGGAAAUCUGGUCUGCGUUGAGGGUAUUGUCACCAAGGUGUCCCUGAUCAGACCGAAGGUGGUCAAGAGUGUGCAUUACUGUGCGGCCACUAAAAAGGUCAUGGAACGUCGCUACACUGACUUGACUUCCUUCGAUGCUGUUCCGUCGAGCGCCGUUUAUCCGACCAAGGAUGAUGACGGUAACUUGUUGGAAACAGAAUUCGGAUUGUCGACUUAUAAGGACCAUCAAACAUUGACAAUUCAAGAAAUGCCAGAGAAGGCUCCAGCUGGACAGCUGCCUCGAUCGGUUGAUGUAAUUUGCGAUGAUGAUCUAGUAGAUCGCUGUAAACCGGGAGAUCGAGUUCAAAUUGUAGGAAACUAUCGGUGCCUACCUGGAAAACAAGGAGGCUAUACAACCGGAACUUUCCGGACGAUCCUGAUAGCCAACAAUAUCUCCCAGUUGAACAAAGAAAGUACACUAAGCGUUACCCGAGAAGAGAUCAAUCUUUGCAAAAAACUGGCCAAGAACAAUGACAUUUUUGAUGUUCUAUCUAAGAGUUUGGCACCCUCCAUUCACGGCCACGAGUAUGUAAAGAAAGCCAUUCUCUGUCUGCUGCUGGGAGGAAUUGAGAAAAAUCUGGCAAACGGAACUCGUCUGCGUGGUGACGUUAACGUCUUGCUGAUUGGCGAUCCCAGUGUGGCCAAAUCUCAGCUGUUGAGAUAUGUUCUGAACACAGCCCCUCGUGCGAUCACUACUACCGGUCGUGGAUCCAGCGGAGUUGGUUUAACGGCUGCCGUAACAACCGAUCAGGAAACCGGAGAACGUCGUUUGGAAGCGGGAGCUAUGGUGUUAGCUGAUCGCGGUGUGGUAUGCAUCGACGAGUUCGACAAGAUGAGCGAUAUCGAUCGAACGGCCAUCCACGAAGUCAUGGAACAGGGACGCGUUACGAUUUCCAAAGCUGGCAUUCACGCGGCUUUGAAUGCUCGCUGCUCAGUACUUGCUGCGGCAAAUCCUGUCUAUGGAAGGUACGACCAAUACAAGACUCCGAUGGAAAACAUUGGUUUGCAGGAUUCGUUGCUGUCACGUUUCGAUCUGCUGUUCGUGAUGCUGGAUGUUAUCGACAGUGAUCAUGAUCGGAUGAUUUCGGAUCACGUGGUCCGAAUGCAUCGGUACCGCAAUCCCAAAGAACAGGAUGGCGAUGUGCUGCCGAUGGGAGUGAGUGCUGUCGACAUGCUUUCGACCAUCAAUCCGGAAACGCGUGAUGAUAAAGAAACGCCAAUGUACGAGAAGUACGACCCACUAUUACAUGGAAACACUCGCAAGCGCACAGAUCAGAUCCUUUCGGUUGAUUUCAUGCGCAAGUAUAUUCACAUUGCCAAAUGUUUGAAACCCAAACUGACCGAAGCCGCUUGUGAGUUGAUUUCGAACGAGUACUCUCGGCUACGGUCCCAAGAUCUGAUGGAUUCGAAUGUUGCCCGUACCCAACCCGUGACUGCCCGUACCUUGGAAACAUUGAUCCGUUUGUCUACAGCACACGCAAAGGCACGGAUGGCCAGGACGGUAACCGAAAAAGAUGCUCAAGCUGCCAUUGAAUUGAUUCAGUUCGCUUGCUUCAAAAAGGUUCUCGAAAAGGAGAAGAAGAAGCGCAAGCGUGCAGAAGACGAUUCCGAGGCAGAAGAACAAGAGGAUGAUGAGGAGGAAGAGGCCACCCCAACACAGGAAUCACGCACCAGUAGUCGUCGUGCCAAGCGUACCCGUAUUGAAGAGGAUGAUUCCGAUACCGAAGAAUUGGUUUCGCCACCUCCAGAUGCUGGUGAUUUGACGCGAAGACAAACUAUCGCUACCACCUCUGGUGCCAGCACUUCGACAACAACCCCGAUGGAUAGCGAGGAUUCCACGACAGAGGUCAUAUCCGACGAUCGGUUUAAGAUCUUCAAACAAGGUGUUCAUCAGGCAUUCCGGCAGGCACGUGAACAGUCCCUUGCGUUGGGUCGUCUUUCUAAGUACAUUAACGAAAACAGCGGAACCGAGGCGUUCACUCAGGGAGAGGUUCGAUCCGCCAUUACCCGGAUGACCGACGAUAACCAGCUGAUGAUGCACGAUGAAAUUGUUUUUCUGAUUUAGAUGACACGUGAUUUGUUUUAUUUUGUGUACCUACCUUGCAUUAUUUUCAUUUUAUCUUUUAGCUUUUAGGGCGUUUUAUUGCUGAAUAAAAUUAACCAUUCAUAAAAAUCA